AUGACCAUAUUGCAUUCAGAAGGAAUUUUCACCCAUGAGAUUUGUUGGUGCAGCUGUCCUGGGUCUGAUGCCACAGAUUGGCACCUUCAUUUACUCAGGGAAAGACUCCUUCCAGCCAGCAUAACGAAGCCCAGAACUGCUUUCACCUGUGAUGUCCUUAAUCACUUUCUUAUCAAUGCUUUGGAGUGCAAAACCUCUGCCAUGAGUUUCUAUCAGAAGCUGAAGAGGGAGCUCAUGAGGGUGUCCCAUCAGUGGAGGGAUUUGAAACAUAGGAAAUGGUUUGGGUUUGGUCAUGAUUCAGAGAAAGAUCCUAGACAAGGAAGGCUUGCACUCUUUUGCCCUGCCUGCCCACAACCAGGUAUCAAUUUACCUCCAGACUGGAGAACCCAAUACAGCAGUGAUACUGUGAUGAGGCAAUAUGUGGUGGAUGGCAACUUCACUGCACAGCAUAUGAAGAUGAACAAACCAGAGUUGGAUGUGUCAUUGUCAGAUGGAAAAGGCUACAUGGUUUCUGAGGCACCCUAUCAGGCUCAUCUCCAGCAAUCCACCUGCAGCAGUCACAGGGCUGUCAAUGCUGCCAAUAUCAACAAGUCUAACCUCUGGUCCACUGGCAUCAGUGCAAUAGCUUGUGCAAGACAUGGUUGCUUCAUUCCCCAUUCAGUGGUGGAUCUUCAAAAAGGGGAAAGGUGA